AUGCGACAGGCAGAAGCUCAGCGACAAGCUCAAGCUCGCGCCCAAGUGGCGAAUCAGAACAGCCAGAAUAACCAAAAUGCUCAGAGAGUUAACGGGAACCAACCACAGCACGGUCAUCCUCAGAACAAUGUCGUCACCAACGGAGUCAAUAACACAGCUGUGGCAACGCCUCAAAUGGCUAAUAAUAUGCCUCCGCAAGCACAGCCCCGCUUCCAGGCUCAGAUCACUCAACCACCAGCAUCUUCUCCAGUUGCUGGCCAAGGUACACCUCAGCAUAUGUCGUCUCCUAUGGUUGGCAGCGUCCCAAUGCAGCAGACAAACUCUGGCAUGGCCAACAGUCCUCCUCGGCCGUCUUCUGUCGUGCAAAACGCCGCAGCUAUGUCUGUCCCGAUGGCUCAUAACAUGUCUUCCAGGGGUAGUCAACAGAGCCAUCCCUCUGGCACUCCAAGAAUACCCCAUUCAACACCCAACAUGGCGCAAGGUACUCCGAUCAACAGGCCUGCCAUGGUGGCAACUCCCCGUAUGAGCCAGGCAAGUCCUCCACCAGCUAUGAUGGCACAGAACUCGCAGCCUGGUCAAGGCAUGAUGAUGAAUGGCCAGGGCAUGAACCAAAUGAACCCACAAUUUGCGGCUCAAUUGGCACAACAACGCGCUGUGCAGCAACAGCAGCAGAUGGCCAUGCAAAACGGUCUUAACAGUGGCAACAUGAGCCAGAUGAGCCCUCAGCAACAGCAGCAGAUGAUGGCAGCAAUGCAAAGGCAGUUGAUUGCUUCGCAACAGGCACAGCAGCAGGGUAACAUGAUGAGCCCCCAACAGCAGCAACAGCAGCAGCAGAUGGCGGCUCAAUAUGCCCAGCAAAUGCAAAACAUGUCGGGCAGCCAGAUACGGUCGUUCCCUCCUCAUGUGCAGGCACAGUUCCAGCAGAUGAUACGCAUGAACCAAGUUAAUGGCCAGAUGGGUAAUAGUCCCAUGCAGCGUCAAGUUAGCGGACAGAUGAUGCCUAACGGUAUGACUCUGCAAGCUUUCCAGGCGAUGCAGCAGCAACGUCAGCAGCAGCAAGUCCAACAGCAGGGCAACAUGAUGAGCCCUCAGCAGCAGCAACAGGCCCAGCAGCAGCAAGUUCAGCAACAAAUGGGACAAAAUCCAAUUCAGGCACAAAUGCAACACCAGGCCAGGCUGCUUUUUAAUAGGAUGAUGCCAGCAGUAGCCCAGAAGUACGGUGGCCAAGAGCAUAUUCCACCAGACGUGAUCGAGAAGAUGAAGACACAGAGUAUGGGGCAAGCUCAGAGUCUUGUGCAAGCGUCAAUGGCGCAGCGCCGACAACAAAUGAUGAUGCAGCAGCAGCAACAGCAGCAGCAGCAGCAACAACAACAGCAAAUGCAACAGCAGCAAAUGCAGCAGCAGCAGCAGAUGCAACAGAUGCAGCAGCAAAUGCAGGGGAUGAAUGGAAUGAUGGGCGGUCCCCAGGGAAUGUGA